GACACUAUCAUAGGUAUCCUUAACGUGUUGAAGAUCCGCCAUUGUCAUUGAACAUUAUAAACGAGAAUAGGAAGCGAAAAGAUUCAAAAAAACAGGAUCGCAAUCCGUGAGCCGUUGUGUAUUGCGAUCGCAGUGCUGCCCACACGAUUUCAUGCCAACAUUUCUGGAAUUGCAGGCACCUGAUUUAUUCAUAUGAAAGAAGACCCUUGACGGAUCUCCUUAUGCCCCCCCAAAGUUCAUGACAAACUCACCUGCCCAUUCACAUGUCCAUCAUUUAUACUUGAACCUGUAUCUUCAGCUCACCAUCUCCGAUCUCUGUCUCCCCCUCUCUUUAUUGCACCCACACACCGCCCUGUCAAAAGGUCUCAACUUUCCAGGUAAGCCUUGAGCCCCCUUUACAAAAAGGACACACCUCCCACACUUGAAUGUUCAAUCUCCCAUCAUUCAUCGUACGUCGCUUGGUGAUACUAUAACACUUUGGUUUCUGCCACCACAAGAAGUCGUCCCGGCACCGAAUCUGUAUAGGACGACGGAGUGGCCAGUGAGAUGAGUAAGUUCGUCGCACUCCUACUCUUCCUUUGGCUCACUAAUGUCGCUGCUUGGGGUCAUGGACCCAGCUAUGUCCAGGAAGCGUGCAGCGUGACACGAUACCGCGACCUCUGCGUCCGGUCGCUGGCGUCCUUCUCAAGCAGCGCCAAGAGGAGCCCCAGCAAGUGGGCGAGGGCUGGGGUCUCCGUGACACUGAGCGAGGUCAAGGAGGCUGCUCGGUACUUGGUGAAGGUGAAGACUUCCGGGUCGAUGAGAGGUAGGAACGGAGCCGCCCUCUCGGACUGCAUGGAGUGCUUCCAGGACGCGGUCGACAACCUCCACAUGUCGCUCGGGUUACUAAGGAAAUUGACUGGGAACGACUUUGACACCCAGAUGAGCAAUCUCCUGACGUGGAUGAGCGCCGCGCUGACCGACCAGGACACCUGCUUGGAUGGUUUUGACGGGCAAAAGGGAGGCCAAGCAGUGAAGAAGGUCCAGGACAGGGUCCGGAGGGUCACGUACUUCACCAGCAAUGCCCUGGCUCUUGCCAACAAGCUCGCAUCCGCCGGCGAACCUGCCUAAACAGGAACCUGUAGAAUCCCGU